CGAGAACAAGCUGCUGGUACUGGUCUGUUAAGAGACAGGGGAAUUACAGGGCUGAAAGCAGAGGUUGAAAGAACAGUUCCAUUUCUUCAUUUGGCAAUUUUCUUGACUGAGUGUCCUUUUCAAGCUACAAGAUGGAGUACAAGGUGACUGUGGCAGUUGGAACAUCUAUGUAUUCAGGAACCAGAAACUCUGUGUAUGUGACCCUGGUGGGAGAAAAUGGGGAGAGUGAGAAGACUGUGCUGGACAAUUUUGGACUGGAUCUCUCUCAAGGGGAUAUAGAUGAGUACAUUGUGUGCAGUGCAUCCUCCCUUGGCCAGUUGCUUCUAGCAAGGCUAGAAAAGCAAAACUCCUGGGUGGAGGACAACUUCUUCUGCCGCUAUGUAACUGUGAAGCCUCCAGAUGGCAGCAUUGCAUUGACCUUCCCUUGUUACCGCUGGCUUAUUGGAGAUAUGAUCAUCGAGCUGCGAGAGGGCACAGCUAAGAAGCUCAGUGAUGAUUCCUUACCACUGUUAUUGGCACAUCGAGAGACUGAGCUGCAAGAAAGACAGAAAAUAUACCGGUGGAAGUCAUUUGCCCCGCAUAUGCCCAGAUGUGUUGAUGUUGAAACAGAGGAAGAGCUGCCACAGGAUAUGCGUUUUCAGAAUGAGAAAAGUAGUGACUAUCAAGCGUCACGGUAUUACGCGUUGGGGGAGCUGGCUCUGAAGAACCUAUCCAUAAGAUUCGGAGAGUCUUGGAAUGAUCUUGAUGACUUCAAGCGCACCUAUUGGAAAAUUAGAAGUCCUAUUUCUGACUAUGUAAUGAACCAUUGGAGAGAGGACUGGUUAUUUUGCUACCAGUUCGCGAAUGGUCCAAACCCACGCUCAAUCAAACGCUGCAGUGUGCUGCCAGAAAACUUUCCUGUUACUGCCGACAUGGUGCAGAGUGCUCUGGGGGAACACACCUCCCUGGACCAAGAGAUAAAGGCAGGAAAUGUGUACCUAGUGGAUCACGCCAUUUUGGUUGGUAUACCUCCCAAUGUGAUAGAAGAGAAGACACAGCAUUUGGCAGCUCCCCUCUGUCUGCUAUAUGACCAUCCUGAGCGCGGACUCAUUCCACUGGCGAUACAGUUGGGACAGACUCCAGGUGCAGACACACCCAUAUUCCUUCCCAGUGACCCACCUUUGGCCUGGUUGCUCGCCAAAAUCUGGGUUCGUCAUGCUGAGUUCCAGGUGUUCCAGGUGCUGUCUCACCUGCUGCGCACCCACCUGUUGAUAGAAGUGUUCUGUGUGGCUACACUCCGCCAGCUACCUGCUGUGCACCCGGUCUAUAAGCUACUGACACCUCACCUGCGCUAUACCCUGGAGAUAAACAGUCGAGCACGGGCUGAGCUCAUCUCUUUUGAUGGAGUCUUCAAAAAGGUAGUAUCCACAGGUGGGGAAGGACUUGUGAUCCUGGCCCAGCGUGAGUAUAAGUUUCUGACAUACAGAUCCCUCCAGCCAAACCUGGAUUUCCAUGACCGUGGGGUAACAAAGUUGAAAGGCUACUACUACAUGGAGGACAGCUUGAUGAUGUGGGAUGCCAUCCACAGUUUUGUCUCAGGAGUGGUGUCUCUGUACUAUGCCAGUGACAAUGAGGUGCUCCAAGACUCUGAACUUCAGGCCUGGACACGGGACAUUACUCAGGAGGGACAUGGGGAUAACCCUCAAUUUGGUCUACCAAGUGAGCUGACAAGCAAGGAGGAGCUGAUCACCCUUUUAAGUGUGGUGAUCUUCACUGCCUCUAUACAGCAUGCUGCCACUAAUAACGGACAGUUUGACUGGUGUGCCUGGGUUCCCAACACCCCCUGCACUCUGCGCCAGCCUCCUCCCACUGACAAGAAUGCAGUCACCAUGGAGAUGAUCAUGAGCACCCUCCCUGAUGCUAGCCAAUCCUGUGUGCAGAUGGCAAUCUGUUGGCAAUUGAGCCGAGCCCAGCCUGAUGCAAUUCCCAUUGGUCAGUACGUGGAAGAGUACUUUACUGAACCUCGGGCAAGGGAGGUGAUCAAAAGCUUCCAAGAGGAGCUACAGGACAUAGAGAAGAAGAUCAUGAAGAAGAAUGAAGGUCGGGAGUUGCAGUACCUGUACCUGUGUCCAAGCCGCGUAGAGAACAGCAUUACCAUUUAGGUUCUAUAGUCAAAUUGACUCAAAGUCAAUUAGUUGGUUAACCCCAACUCUGUAAACCAAUGGGGCAUUUCUGAAGUAUAUGUAAACCAGCAAAGCCUUUACAAUAGUUACCUUGUGUAUUUUCCUUUAUGCGCGUGCAGUAUUUUAGACAAUCUGGGGAGCUUUUCACAGUACUUUAUAUAGGCUUGAAUAGUAACUGGCCCACCACCUUAACCUAAUAAACAUGUAUGAUAGUCCUGUUUAAAGGUAUGAAAUUAAAUUGAAUAGCCCAUAAUUCAUAAUCCCUUUAAUUAGAUGGUUAAAUCUAAUCUCUUCAUUUUCAUAAUUUUAGGAGUGAUUGCUCAAACACGGACAUGUCGUACCUACUGUACAUGCCUCCUGAUGUGCACAACACAGAGUUCUAGACCUUUCGCAAAGCAACCAUUUUCUUAGAAUAAGCCAUAGCACCAGAGGCAUGAACGUUGACAGUUCCAAUUUGUUCCAAUUCCAGUUGCUGGAUUUUUAAUGAUUAAUGUCAAAUAGAGAACCAUGCUUAAGAUCUCCUGACAAAUUAAUCCUCUAGGCUAAGGCAGCACAAGACUAAUUUUUUUGGUGAAAUGGAAAUGACAUUCUUAUUUAUUCAUGGGGGUUCUUGACAUUUAAUGGGAUUGUUGAAAGGCAGUGACAGACUAUUAUAAUAUACAGUGUAUUUGAGUACAAUAAUUUAACUUAAUUCACCUUCACAACUUACUCAGUGAUAGCAGGGAGCAGUACUGUCAAUACAUCCAAUUGUAUAACACAUUAUUUAAAUAAUUAUGCUGAUCCCAUUUAUGUAAAGUAUUUGAAGGGAGGGAGUGUUUUCAUGAAACACUCCCUCCGAAAUAUAAAGUUUCAGUGCAUGUG